CCAUAGUCCAUCAUGUACCACUUGGUCCAUAGUAGAAGCAGCCUUGAGUUAUAAUCUAUUGUUUAUGUGAUGUGAAAUUUAGGGAUUCAGUUGUAGAUCCUAAAGCCAUUUCAUUCACUUUUCUGUCAAACAGUAAUUUCUCAGCACUGAAACUUCCAUAACUUGGUUCAUUAUUAUCGUAAAAACCAUGCCUAAAGUAGUUCAAGGUUAGAUUGGAUGAAAGGGAAUUAAAAAAAGUAAAAUGAACUUCUCAAACAAUUUGGUGUCGCAGCACCAGCACUGGACUUCUCAACUGUCCGGAAAACGCCGCCGGAGUUGUUCGUCGGCCACCAGAACCGCUAAUAAAGUCAUCCAGAUAUGUUAUGGAUUGAGACCAAACCAAAGCUGCUGGUUGAGACAAGCCAUUGGUCAUUUUAUCCACCAUCAACUUGAGAGUCUUACAAGCUUAAGGAGGUUAAGUCUUGCAUUUAAGAAGAUUACAGACGCUCUAUCCCUUGAAUAUUUGCUACAUGUCUCGUUACAAAGACGAAUCCCCUGCAGUUCGUGUUUACACCGUCUGCGAUGAAUCAAGAUAUUUGAUUGUGAGGAACGUUCCAGCAUUAGGUUGUGGCAAUGAUAUGCUCCAACUUUUUUCAACCUGUGGAGAAGUAGAGGAGUGUAAGCCAAUGGAUGCAGAAGACUGCGAGCAAUUCACUGAUGUUUAUUGGAUCAAAUUUUGUCUUUUCAGCAAUGCCAGGUUUGCAAAAAGAAAAUUGGAUGAGUUUGUUUUCCUUAGAAACCGACUGCAGGAUUCGUAUGCUCCCCAUUUUGAGAGUUUGUCUGAUACAAAGGAUAAAUUAGAGGGAAGAAGAAGGGAGGUUUUAGCUCGGUUGAACCGUAAGAUUAUAGCUUACCAUGUUUGUUACAUUUUAAUUAUUGGCAUGCUAUAUAGAAUUGUCGUCAAAAGUAGACUGCGGAAGAUAUUGAUUCGUUCAAAUUCCGCUAUGCCACAGUAGUUAUAUCUGCUAUCUGAUAACACUUGGUGCUAAAUAGCAUAUUGCGGAACAAUGAGUUGUUCAAAUUUUGUUAUGCUAUAGUCUAUAGAGCUGCUACCGCUAUUUGACAACACUGCUAUAUAGGACUUACAAUAUAGGACUUACAAAUGCUUGUUACAUGAAUUUCUCUAAUGGAAUUUUUUAUCAACUUCAGCUAGAAGAUCCAAAGAGACUAUAGCUUCAAGCACUAGGCCCCUGAUUAACUCAAACACCAGUUUCCCCUAGAUCCAAGCUUUGGAGAUAUAUUGAAUAAUGCUCUAUCCCUUGAAUAUUUGCUAUUAACCUUACAAUUUAUAGCAUGUACUAUUAAAAUGUGCUUAUUAUAGAAAUACAUUUGAUUUUCCUA